UCAAAGGGUCCUCCAUUCUCUGAACGUGCGUGAGCUACUCAGCCUUUCAGAGCAGUUCUUUUUUCGGCUCGCCGGUUUUAAACGACGAGCCACUGCCAGACAUCUUUCGUCUGCGUGUCUGUGCGACUAUUCCGCGCGUGGCUGCAUUGAAAGACCGCAUCGUGCACCAGAGAACAGGCAGACGUCUUGGCAGGAGACAAAGUGUGCAACAAGUCUUCGGUACAGUCUCCUUGCGUGCACCAUCCGUUCUAAUUUGCUUACGCUUUACAAAAUCCGGAUAAAAUUUAGCGCUCUUCUAAAGGAUUCGCAGGCACUCACUUAUUCGAAUAAACGAACUUCGCUUCAUACCGGCUGACAGGGUUGACUUGACCUUCGAACACCUGAGCAAGCCCUAAGACGAUUUACGCAGCUAUACCAACGAGUCAUCGACGCGUCGGCAAGAGUGAAAGCAUUCAGACAGCGAUGAUGCGGGCAGUAGCUGCAACGUUCGUCUUCCUCAUCGGCUGCCUCCUGCUGAACGGUGUCUCCGUAACGAAUUCGGCGAACACGCGUCCCAGAGCGUCCAUCGAGGCUUGCAUACCGGACGGCGAGUCUUCGAACAUCGGUGACCGCGCGAGCUGCACGUUCACGCGAAUCGUCGACGUCGACUCGAACCGGUUCCCGUCCCGGAUACCAACCGUCAGCUGCAAGUGCCCCGGUCUCCUUUGCAGUCCUCUGGGGGACUUCCGCUGCCACGAAAUCAAGGAACAGCUGGCCGUCGUGUUUCGAGCGAGAAACGGCGCGUUCCGGAAUGACACCAUCGAAGUGACCGUGUCGUGCGUUUGUGCGUUGAGUCGCAGUAGGCAAGCCGAUGGCAUCGGCAUCAGAGUGGUGAACCACGCUGAAAACCGGGACCAGGCCGCGACACCAUUUGGAUCCGGUACUCUUGUGGCUCGCUAAAAUGUAAGGGCGCGACAGUGACACAUGCGUGUCGGGAAUGUUAGCUUAUGUUUAAACACAAGAUGUUCACACUAGCAUUGCGUUGUCUUGAUGCGCAUGAUAGAUUGGAGCAGGGGUUUCUCAAAUGUUCCUGUAUCUCUGUGUUUUUUCGGCCUUCCUCCUCACGUUGCCUGCUAAGAAUAUUUUUUUUUUUUUCGGAAUAGCGUGACAGCUGCAGAGCAGGUUUGGUAACACUGUGCUGUAUUACGAAAGCCUGCAAGCUUCUGUUUGAACAGGGUGCCAAAACAGUGAUGCUUAGGCUAUAUAAGCUUGGCACGCCUACAAAAUUUGCCCGUUUAUUUGUUGCAGGUCAAUUUAUCGAACCAAAUCUUGAAAAUAGAAACUAUGGAACGAGAUGAAAGACAAUAUUAUAAGGAUGGGUUUGAAGUUGUUCAGUUACAGUGGAGGUAUGGAAAUAUAAAUACCUCGUUUACUUUUUUUGCGUGUUCCGGUGUGAUACAAGUAUUUAGAUGCUACUUACACGUUACAACUUCAUGAAACACGGAGCUUCCCUCACUGAAUGAACUGCAGUACAAGCUUUUCUUGACAA